AUGAAUGCCCGGCGGGUUGUGGUGGUGCUGGAAAAAUGCCCCCUGGAGGUGGUGGCACCUCGCAAGGGCGCCAUGGAGCUGCUCAAUAGCGACGACCACAAGGGUAUAUGCGCCAAGACCAACAGAGACCUUGCAGAUGUGAGGCCGGACAUCACACAUCAAUGCCUCAUGGCAUUGCUGGACAGUCCCUUGAAUAAGGUUGGGAAGCUCCUGAUCUAUAUCCAUACCGCGAAGAACGUGCUGGUGGAGGUGCAUCCAUCCUUGCGCGUUCCAAGGACCUUCAAGCGCUUUGCAGGCCUUUGUGUCGAGCUGCUGCAGCGGCAGAAGAUCCGUGCUAGUGGCGCGAACGAGACGUUGAUGAAGGUCGUCCAAAACCCCGUGGAGAAAUACUUGCCACCCGGCAGCCGGCGCUUCGGCUUGUCGGUGAGUGGCCGACAGGUGAAGAUGAGGGACUUCGCCGCCGAGUUGGAAGAGCAGUCCAGCGGCAGUGCGGUGCCACUGGUCUUUGCCAUUGGCGGAGUAGCUCAUGGGGACCCGGUGACUGAAGCGAACUUUGGUGGAAACUAUGUGGAGGAGAAUAUCUCCAUUGCACCUUACGGCCUGUCAGCCGCUUGCGUUUGUUCGAAGCCCGACACUCAGUUCGAAUAUCUCUGGGGCGUUUGCUGA